AUGGGAAAGGGAUAUACCGUCAACAAGAACCCCAAACAUCGACAUCUUGGUCAGCCUGCUACCCAGAACUCCAACAACAUCAUCAUUGGCUCCUCGACAAAGGAAAAGAGUGGGCGAGCUUUACAAGCAUCUGCCUGCCCACAGCAGCCGGCCUCGACCAUCAAGGCAUCUUCUGCCGUCUGGCUCAGCACACCAAUCACAAUACUGCCUCGACCCACACGACAGACACACUGUCGUCGAGACCCUUACCGCACUGCCUACCUUACCCCUUUGCCCAACAAGAUGUGCUACUUUGAACAAACCCGCUGGAACUGUGGCUACUGGAAGUGGGGUACCUUCCGCCAGCAAUGCGAGAAGGAGUACCGCACCGGCGAGACGUGCGGACUGAAGCUCGUCUACAGCUGGCAGCCCGCCCAGGGCCCGUGCAAGAUUUGUGAGCAAAAGUGCAAGAAGGAGAGGAGGAUCGACAAGAUGUUGAACGACAUCCAGAGGUGGCAGCGCGAAGGCAACAGGAGGGCCACCAUCGAGAAGACGAUGCGGGAUGUGAACGACAUCCAACUCCAGAUCAACGAACUGCUCGCAAGCCAUGUAGAGAGGGAGAGGACGUUGUGAUAUGACGAUGGGAAGGAGGAACAAAGGAAGAAAAAAAAGACGGGUCGUCCAAUUUCGUUGGUUGCUUUUAUCGAGACGAAAAGAGAAACGUGAGAGGCAAAAACCAUGUGCGUUUUGUGUGUUGUAGAAGGAGGGAAUCAGGGCUGGCGGCGGACGGGUAGGCGGGUCAAGACAAAAAGAAAUUUCCUGGGCUGAGGAACAUCUCAUUCUUGUUUACUUUUUUUUUCGUCAUUUCUUUUUCUUUUUACUCUUCCCGAUUUUCUUUUACUUUUAUUUUCUUUACUGCAUGAAGGGUUCUUUUUUUUUUUUUUUUUUUUAGAGAAACGCUGUGGAGUCGGGGGGAAAUGGGGAACACAGAACAGCCCCCCAUCAAGCCACAGAUGCAAGCCCUUCCGGAGGCGCGAAUCCCACAGCGUCGGCAAGGAACAACAUCAGGCAGCACAGGGUAAAGGAAAAGGAGGGGAAAACAAGAACCAAGAGGGAAAAAACGACCACCAGACAGAGUUGUGGGUGCGGGAAUAGAUGCAUAUCGGAUACCGCCGGAGCCUGGCCAUGACUGGCGGGACCGGAACCGAUGAUGGGAGGAGGAAAUAUUGGGCAAGAAGACGCCUUCUGCUGCCGUUUGUACAUUUUUACUUGUUCACUUCUGUCUUUGUCACGUUUUCUACUGUUGGGUACGGUUCGUCAUCUUGUUGGAAUAUUGGCUCUUUGAAAACCAGGGCACUGGUCACCACUGGGUGACAGAGCAUGCGCCAGCUUUUGUUGUUCUUUUUUUUUUUUUCUCAUCCUUCAGGCAGGGGAGUUUCAAGCUUUUUACGUCCGGCUUGGGUUUCACGACACACAAUGGGACGUCCUGUGAUUAUUGGUCAAACUUGGGGAGGGAGGGGGAACGGAAGGCUUGGAGAGUUAUGUGGUGGUGGGAAGUACCACAUGGCUGGCAGGCCGAGAAUCGGCAUGGACGGCUCUUUCAUUGUUAAAUGGUAAAAGAUGUCACAGAGAAGCAAGACGAAAAAGCGCUUUACGUAUAACAGUAACGAAAUAUCACUUAUUUUGUGUUUCUUUUCAGCCCCCCUUCCCUCUGCCACACUUGAAGAUGACCCUGAGCAUGGCAGGUGUAAGAGGGAAAGGGAGGGGAAGGACGAAGGGGGGGGGGGGGCAACUACCGGAUCCGCAACCCUUUCUUCAGUGUGCAAGAUCUUCUGGUAAAGACCCGUUUACUCCUCUCUCUCACGCACCACACACACACACACACAGAGGUUUUGUGUGUGGGUGGGUGGAGAAGGGGGCCACAGAACCAGUGGGAUCACUCCCCGUUUUUGCUCUCCCACCCACUCACCCCUCGCUAGGAGGAGAGAAAAUUUAGCACACACAGGUACUAUACAUCACAUUACAUUUUGCUCAGGCAGGCAAAAGGUAAGGGACGAGGGCGGGGCGGGGGAGGGGAUGAGGGGGAAAGGGGGAGACUAGCAUCGGCAGUCUCGAAACAGAUCACACACCCGUCAAGUUUUUUUUUUUUUCUGCUUCUUCUCUCACUUUACACCCCCCCCUCCAUCUAGGGCGGGGUCAAGAUGGGAUGUCUGAUGCCGUAGCGAGGUGGAAGGGGUGGAGACUGUGUGGGUGACUGAGUUGACGCGGGGGGGUAGUGGACCUGUGGGAAAGGAAAAUGUUCUGGAAGAAAUCUAGCCUCUGGUCACGUAGGUAGUAGGUACUCUUGUAGCCGGGUGCGAAAUAUGGCAGGCGGACCUGGCGAGAACAAGAAGAAUUUGAAGAAUAUGGGGGGGGGAUAUGAAUAAGAGGCACAUCCGCCGCUUCUCUUCUUCUCUCAACGGCAAGGUGAGGGGAUCUAGAUCUGGUGGCAGAGGACGGGGAAAGAACAGCUGCAUGUUUCACGGUGAGAAAACGGCCUGCUGGUGGGAGUUCUCGUCGUGGUGGCGAAAAGGGACGGCUCGGAUAGGGGACGAAUAUUCGUUUUUAUUUGCUUUUCUCGGACAAUUUUCUGGUGGUGGCGGCGGCGGUGGUGGAAGGUGUGUGUAAUUUUCUUUUUCUAUUUUUCUUUUUACCUCUUUUCCUGUGAGCAACGGCCAACACACCCAUUUGCCGUUCCGAAACAGCCUGGGAAUUCUGGAAAGCAGAACCUGGGGAAGAUGUGAUGUGAUGAUGGAUAACGGUGGUGAACAUCGGGCUUGGGCAUCAGGAAUCGACAAGAUGAAAUGGUUGGGCGUGGCAUGGCAUGGCAGGUUUGAGACAUCUUUGAACGUGGAACGGCACGCGCGGUUUAGUUCGGUAGGUACGUGGUAGGCUAGGUAGCUGAGAGCGAGAGAUCGAGAGAUCGAGAGAUCAAGAGAGAGAGAGUGAGUGAGAGAGAACCGAUGUGACGUGCUUUUCUCCUUCCCAUACUUGCUUCCUGCGGGCUGAGGGCGUCCUGUUUCUUGUCCCUCUCGCUUCCGCUGCCCUCUUCUCCAAUCGUUGCAACGGACCCUGGCCCCCCUUUUGCCCCGAUAGCCAUCUGCAGUUCUUGCAGAGGCGGCCCAAUGAGUCGGCCAUGCCACACCGUAAACACAUGCCAGCCAUGACCCCACUGCCAUGCUUUUUCCUCGCUGGCUGUCCCUCUCGUCUUCCAUGACAUGACGACCGAAUCACGCACAGACUCCCGCUUUUGGGGCGGGCGGCCGGAGUCGGCGUCGUGAUGGUGGUGCUUAUCAUGCAUACUCUUUCGUUUUCGAUGUUGCGUUGUCGUCAGGGAUCUGCCCUCUGUUGAACGUGUUGGAUGCUUCCCAUCCCCAGCAGGUAUUCACGCAGGACGUCUGAUGUACUUCCGCAAUGAGCCUACGUCGGUUAGCAUUGUGGGUGUGGGCAGGGCGAGCCGCUCUCCGGAAGGGGCAGAGCUAUAGAGAAGAAAAAGCCCUAUGAAUCACAGAUAGUAUCCGGCCGCCAAGCUGUGGCAUGUCCACUUCCCACACUCACCCCCGCGCUCGGCAACGGUACGACAAGACAGCCUGGCUGACCGAUGGAUGGCGGAACGGUGGCUAAGGGUGUUGGUGACUUGGGAUCCAUGGUGGCAAAAAAGAAGAGAAUAGACGUGCAUGUUGGCGUUGCUUGCUGUGCUGGUGCUGGUUGUGGGUUCUUAUAUCUAGCAAGACUCCACCGCGAAGCAACAUGACCAGCACAAAAAGCCCUAAGCAUGUAUGCACGUGGCCGCCGCUGAAUGGAUCAUGAGGCUUCCUGUCGAGUCGGUCGUUUUCUUGGUGCGUGUGCCUGUCGAUGGCGGGUGUGGUGGGUGUUGAGGAAACUAAACCGACAGCGUUUCCCACCCUCUCGCCGAAUAUCUGUCCGAUUGGCUGCGUGUCAUGGGGGCACCAGGGGAAAGGGUGAGCUGCACCAGUCACAAGGAGCCUGACAGAAAAGAAGCUUUGCUUAUGAUUGUAGAAUUCAGUGUCUGGCGGCGAUAGCGCGUCCUUUUGUUUUAAACGCCCAUACCAUGUUUUUUUCUCUCGCGUCGACCGUUUCUUGGGAGCUACUUUGUAGUCUCCGUCUCCAGCCCUACCGAGCGUGAUCAAUAAUGAAACAAAGACAAAUAUGGAAAGCGCCAUCUCCGGCCUCCAUGGGUAUCAAAUCGUUACAAAAAACGGGCCGCCCCACAGUGCCACGUUUUACCUCCUAUCCCACUCUCACAUCCCCCUUGGCCCCAUGACACACAUCCACCCACACACCAUUUCCAGCCUUGAUGACAAGCGGCAACCCCACAUGAAGUGAAAGGAGGGAGGUGGGGAAGGAGAAGGGAAGGGGGGAGGGAGAACAGCUGAACACCGGCGGGUUGGACGAGGCAUGCCAGCAAGUGCAGGUCAGCAGGUGCGAGGCGCCCCCCUCCAAGGUACGGCCCAAGGCCGGAGCAGAUCAACCGGGAUUCCUUCUCGGUUCCUUCCUGGACCACAGCAUGGGAGAUCUCGUAAGGGUGUAGUGGCGGUUACGGCGGAAGCUUCAAACUCAUGUUGUAUAUGCCUCCCUCAGCGCAUCGCAGCUGCAGCAUCAGCAAAGUUGCCAACAAGAGGUUCCGUGGCUCCCUCGAGCUUGAUGGAUAUAGCGGUGUUUUGCUGCAUCUCGAUGGUGUCGUCGUCGGGGGUGCCCCAGUCAACUCGUGCCACAGUAGCCAGGUCGUCGUGCGACGAGAGUUUGGAGAGGAGGCUGUGAUAGCGGACCAGGUUGGCGUCGGGGGCAGCGGCGGGAUAUGCGUAUGGCAUCUCGGGACUGUCUGGGGCCGCAGAAGGCGACGCUGUCCGGUGGUUGCCUGGUGCAAUGUCGUAGAUGUCGACCAUGUUGCUGUUCAUGCACAUCUGUCAGCCGGUGGGUGUGUGGUAGGGGCCAGGGGUGCAUACUCUGACGUGCGCGCAACCACCCUCUGCAGAGCCUCAAUCUCUCUUUGAACCUCCUGUGGAUCCUCGGGGCCCAUCAUCUGUUGCUGUUCAAAACUGCCGUAUUGGAGGUUGUUCGGGUCGUCAAAGAGAUGCUGCGCCUCGUCGUCCUGUUCGGCCAUGGUUAGCACAAACCAGCAACGUCAUCAAAGCCGCCCUGAGGAACCACCAACCUCAUCAUAAUCAUCUCGUCGCCUGCUCCCCAGGCAAGAAGCGCAAUUGCCCAUGGUGUUAUAUAUUAACUCGGUGGUGUAUGUGCGUCGAAAAAGAGUGUAACGGGGUCGAGAAAAGUAACGAAACUAAACGAUCGGGAAACAGUGAACUGGGUUUUUUUAACGGGGGCCCUUGGGCGACAGAAAGGGAGGCUCAAUGUGGUCGGUUCAUAAGUGAGAGAAUGGCCGUGGCUGAACGGAUUACAAAAACAAAAGACGAUGCUGGGAUAGUCGCUCCGUCGAAAGAAAUGGAUCAAGAAGAGUUCGCAGUCGGGAGACGUCGUCGCCGUCGCAUCG